AAACGCCAAAUAUUUUUCAGAAAUUUACUCAUGAGUUGGUUUUAUACUCGAAGUAGAAGAAUACCACUUUGCAGAGAAUUAAUAUUUUCGCGCACUAAAUAUAAAUCGUGUUGCGAUUGAUAGUGACAAUGCGGACGUUGUAUACGUUAUUAAUUUUGACCGCUAUCGGAGGCGUUUUUGAAAGAACAUUUGUCGAAGCAAAACCAUAUGAAGUCGGAAGAGAUGGGAAUCCUUCCUCCGGCAGAAAUCUUAAAAAUAGCUUACUACAUAAUAUAGAAGAAAAUGAUCAUUACAACAUCGAACGCAACAAUGAUGACGACGAUCACAAAACUUGCCCUCGUUGCAACAAUUAUGAUAAUGAUAAUGAUGACGAUGACGACAUUACCACUACCGACAUUUCCACUACUGACAGUGACGACAUCGACGACAUCGACGACAUUGUCGACAUUGAUGACAUUGACGAUAUGGACAACUACAAAAACCAUGAUUUUUUGGUAUUCUUAUUUCAACCUAAGUAA